GGUGACUAUAUUAUAGGGGGUGUUUUCUCCAUACACCACUACAAACAGACAGUGAUGCAUAACUACACCACCAUGCCUGAGUUACAAAAGUGCAGAGGGAGCAUUGACUCUCGUGAACUGCGUUUUGCGCGUGCCAUGGUCUUCGCCAUCGAGGAGAUUAACAACGGCACAGAGCUGCUGCCAGGCAUCAAACUCGGUUAUCAGAUCCACGACUCGUGCACCUCAGUGCCUGUGACGAUGCAUGUGACAUUCCAGAUUUCAAACAGCUUAGACCCUGUGUUUUACACUGGUGACAAGUGCUCGCAAUUGGGUAUGGUGAAGGCUAUUGUUGGUGAGUCUGGAUCAACGCCAUCCAUCAGCAUGUCACGCAUCCUUGGGUCCUUUAACAUUCCUCAAGUGAGCCACUUUGCCACUUGUGCAUGUCUGUCUGAUAAGCAGCAGUAUCCGAGUUUCUUCAGAACAAUCCCCAGUGACCAGUUCCAGGCUGACGCACUGGCCAAGCUGGUGAAACACUUUGGCUGGACUUGGAUAGGCGCUGUCCGAUCGGAUUCAGACUAUGGCAAUAAUGGCAUGGCUUCUUUCCUGGAUGCAGCACAGAAGGAGGGGAUCUGUGUGGAAUACUCUGAAUCUUUCCAUCGGGCCCACCCACAUAGCAGAGUCCAGAGAGUGGCUGAUGUUAUUCGCAGGUCAACAGCCGUUGUUAUCGUGGCAUUUACCGCCUCUGCAGAACUGAGGAUUCUUUUGGAGGAGCUGGCACUCAAGCCUUCUCCACCUCGCCAGUGGAUAGGCAGUGAGGCCUGGGUAACCAACCAGGAUAUGCUAAAGUUCAGCUUCUGUGCCGGAGCCAUCGGAUUUGGCAUUCAGAAAUCUGUCAUCCCAGGUCUGAGAGAAUUCUUGCUGGAUCUCUCAGCCACUAAAGUGGCUGCCUCUCCAUUGCUUACUGAGUUCUGGGAGGAUGUGUUCAAGUGCAGGCUGGGAAAAAGUGCAGCCAGAGAUGACAGUCUGUGUGAUGGAGCUGAAGACAUAAAGACGCUCCAGGACCCGUACACUGACACAUCUCAGCUCCGAGUCACAAACAUGGUGUACAAGGCUGUUUAUGCAAUAGCACAUGCUAUUCACAAUACAGUGUGUCAAGAUACACAUUAUAAAACUCAGUGUGAUAAGCUCACCAGAAUUGAGUCCAAACAGGUUUUUUCUCAGCUGAAGAAAGUACAUUUUUCCAAAAAUGGUUAUAAUGUCUCCUUUGAUGCCAACGGGGAUCCUGUGGCCAGAUAUGAGCUGGUCAACUGGCAGAAAAGGGACAGUGGCAGCAUUGAGAUGGUGACAGUAGGGCACUAUGAUUCAUCACUGCCAGAAGGCCAAGAGUUUCGUAUUUUCAAGAACCUCAUCUGGGUGGAGGGUAGUACACAAGUGCCUGUAUCAGUGUGCAGUGAAAGCUGUCCUCCAGGAACUCGUAAAAUGCUACAGAGAAGGAAACCCAUCUGCUGUUAUGAUUGUAUACCAUGUCCCGAGGGAGAGAUAAGCAAUGCUACAGAUUCCCUUGAUUGUUUCCCUUGCCCCAAGGAGUUCUGGCCUAAUGCAGAUGGAGACACUUGUCUCCCCAAGCCUGUAGAGUUUCUUUCUUUUGAUGAGGUCCUAGGAAUCAUUCUGACUGCGUUCUCAGGGGUUGGUGCCUGUCUUGCCAUUAUAGCAGCAUCUGUGUUCUUUCAUCACAGAAUGUCCCCAAUUGUCAGGGCCAAUAACUCUGAGCUGAGCUUCCUGCUGCUCUUCUCUCUGACUCUGUGUUUCUUAUGUUCAUUAACUUUCAUUGGAGCACCCUCUGAUUGGUCCUGCAGGCUGCGCCACACAGCAUUUGGGAUCACCUUCGUCCUCUGCAUCUCUUGUGUUCUUGGAAAAACUAUAGUUGUGUUAAUGGCAUUCAGAGCUACACUUCCAGGUAGUAAUGUCAUGAAAUGGUUUGGUCCUCCACAGCAAAGAAUGACUGUAGUGUCAUUCACAUUCAUUCAAGUUUUAAUAUGUACUAUUUGGUUGGGUCUUAGUCCCCCAUUUCCAAUGAAAAAUCUAAGUAUAUACAAGAAGCGAAUCAUCCUGGAGUGUGCAUUAGGAUCAGCUAUUGGGUUCUGGGCUGUGCUUGGGUACAUAGGACUACUGGCUGUCUUUUGCUUAGUGUUAGCUGUCCUCGCCAGAAAACUGCCUGAUAAUUUUAAUGAAGCCAAGAUGAUCACUUUCAGCAUGCUGAUCUUCUGUGCUGUCUGGAUCACCUUUAUCCCAGCAUAUGUCAGCUCUCCUGGUAAAUUUACUGUGGCUGUGGAGAUAUUUGCCAUUCUGGCCUCCAGCUUUGGACUUAUACUGUGUAUAUUUGCCCCAAAGUGUUACAUCAUAUUGUUUAAGCCAGAGAAGAACACCAAGAAACAUUUAAUGAAUAAAAAUUAUUCCAAAGACAUCUGA